AUGGCAUCAAGCUCAAUUUCAGCUUCUCGUAGUAGUAGCCACUCCUGGACACCAAAGCAGAACAAGCAGUUCGAAGAUGCUUUGGCUCUGUAUGACAGGGACACCCCUGACCGCUGGCAAAACAUAGCCAGGGCUGUAGAUGGGAAAUCAGUGGAGGAAGUGAAGAGGCACUACGAGAUCCUUGUAAAGGAUAUCAUGCAAAUAGAAUCUGACCAAGUCCCUUUACCCAACUACAGGGCCACCGGAAGCAAUGGUAGAGCAUUUGCUAAUGAACAGAGGCUUCUGAAGAACCUAAAGCUACAGUGA